CUCAAUCAAGAUGAUAUCCAAAACAAAAUCAAAGAAACCAACAAACUACAAAAAUCAAAACUUAUUAUACUUGAGAAUCUCACCAAGAGUCGUCUUGAUGACCAAGAUCUUAUUAGAUUCAAAUCACAUAAACUGGAUGACAGAUGAAAUCUUAACAUUAGUUUUAAAAGUUAUUCAACCUAAGAUCUUAAUUAAAUUCAAACAAGAAACUUAUGAUCAAUCGAAUUCGAAUUCGAACUCGAAGACUAAAUUAGAUUUUUAUCGUGGAAAUGGAAUCCAAUUAGGUUAUUAUUUUAAAAAUAAUACUCCUAGACAUUCGAUUUUAUUAAAAUCAAAAGAAUUCAUCAUGAAAUCUCAAAACAAGUCUGGACCCAAUGAUGAUCUUCCAGAAAACGUCAUCAGCGAUGAAGAAAAUGAAGGAGAAGAAGAAGAUCAAAAACCCGAACUAAAAGUCAAUUAUCAAGGCUUUUCAAUCUUUGGCAAAACAUUAAUCAUAGUAGUCGAACCGUUUCCAAGUUUAUCGAAUUAUGAAUUAAAUCUUUAUAAUCCAAACUAUCAUCAAACUCAUCAAUCAGAAGCAGAACUUUCAAGAAGAAACCCUCAACCCGAUCCAUCCACUUCCACUUCCACUUCAACCGAUCCUCAAAUCCCUCUCUUUAGACCUGAAAGCUUAAUGAUCGACGAUGAUGAUGAUGAUUUACCGGAUCUUUUCACUCAACAAUCUAAUUCUAAACAGAAUCCUGGGCCUAAUGAAUCGAAUUCGAAUUCUAAUUUGGUUGAAUCAAACGAUUUAAGUUCUAGUCAAACUUUGUUAUCUAAUUUAAUUAAGAAUCCAAAUUUAGAUCAAAACAAAAAACAUUCCAAUUUGAAUUUAACAUUAGAUGGAUAUCUUCAAAAAUAAUCCUUCAUUCUAGAUAUUUGUCUAAUACUAUGUGUAAUUCUCAAUCCUUUCGAUCUGCUUCAUUGUUGUUCUUUUUCAUUGGUUUUGGUAGUUUUAAAUCAUUAGUUUGUA